AUGACCGUGCCCGCCGAGCACCCUAUCGAGACCCCUCCUCGGGCGCCCUCUCCCGUCCACAACUUCGGAACUCUCGCCGUCCACGCCGGCUCCCCCACGACCCCGUCACUGGCGCCCGUCGGCAAGCCCGUCGGCAUCUACGAAUACUCGCGUUCCAGCAACCCCAACCGCGACAACUUCGAGCAGGCCGUCGCCGCCCUCGAGCACGCAAAGUACGCCCUUGCUUUCUCCUCCGGCUCUGCCACUACCGCCGUCGUCCUCCAGUCCCUCGCCGCCGGCUCCCACGUCAUCUCCGUCUCCGAUGUCUACGGCGGCACCCACCGCUACUUCACCCAAGUCGCAAAGGCCCACGGCGUCAAGGUGACCUUCACCCCCGAGAUUGAGGUUGACAUCUCGGCCCACAUCACGCCCGCGACCAAGCUCGUCUGGAUCGAGAGCCCCUCGAACCCCACGCUCCGUCUUGUCGACGUCCGCGCCGUCGUCACCCAGGCCCAUCAGCACGGCAUCCAGGUCGUUGUCGACAACACCUUCCUCUCCCCCUACGUUCAGAACCCCCUCGACCUUGGCGCCGACAUCGUCGUCCACUCCGUCACAAAGUACAUCAACGGCCACUCCGACGUCGUCAUGGGCGUCGCCGCCUUCAACUCGGACGACCUCAAGCAGCGCCUCGGCUUCCUCCAGAACGCCAUCGGCGCCGUCCCCUCCGCCUUUGACAGCUGGCUCGCCCACCGCGGCCUCAAGACCCUGCACCUCCGCGCCCGCGAGGCCUCCCGCAACGCCACCGCUGUCGCAACCGCCCUCGAGGCCUCGGACAACGUCAUCGCCGUCAACUACCCCGGCCUCGACUCCCACCCCCACCGCGCCAUCGCCAAGAAGCAGCACCGCGACGGCAUGGGCGGUGGCAUGCUCUCCUUCCGCAUCAAGGGCGGCCACGCCGCUGCGGAGCGCUUCUGCCAGUUCACCCGCAUCUUCACCCUCGCCGAGUCCCUUGGCGGCGUCGAGUCCCUCGUCGAGGUCCCCAGCAGCAUGACCCACGCCGGCAUCCCCAAGGACCAGCGUGAGGCCGUCGGUGUCUUUGACGACCUCGUCCGCAUCAGCUGCGGUAUCGAGGACGUCGAGGACCUGCGCCGCGACGUGCUGCAGGCCCUCGAAAAGGCUGUCGCCGAGCAGCAGAACGGCACCAACGGAUCUAACGGCGUCAACGGACACUAG